AUGUUACUUUUUGCUAAUACAUGUUUAACUGAACUUCUUUAUGGAAGUGUUGUUCUUGCAAUGAAUAUAUUUACAUUUUAUAAUGAUUUAAAACAAAUUCAAUAUGAAGAUUCACUAUGUGUUUUUCGAGGCUAUGUUGGUUAUGUUGUUACUGCUCUUACAAAUUAUUCUUAUUUAAUCCAAGCUAUAUAUCGAUAUGUAGUUGUUUUAUAUUUCGAUCGAAUUUUUUUGCAAUCAGCUCGAUUUCAAUUGUUUCUUAUAUGUUUAACAUGGAUAUUUAGCUUUUUAUGCCCUCUACCAAUAAUGUUGACCGGUGAAAUAAAAUAUAUAUUUGAUAAUCAAAUAUGUCAAAUGCCUUUAAGAUUUUCCUUCUUUCAAAUUUAUAAUCCAUUUUUUAUUUAUAUAAUACCAAUUUCAUCAAUUGUUUUGAUAUAUUUUCUAUUAGUUCGUUAUGUGCGAAAAAUGAAUCAAAAUGUAACACGAGUUAAUAUUUUAUUUCGUGCAAAACAAGAAUUAAAAAUGGUUCGACGAAUAGUUAUUCUUAUUUUUGGUAUUACUAUGAUUGGUAUACCAUAUGUUACAUUCAUUUUCAUAUCAUUUUUUACUACUCCACCAAAAUAUCAUUUUCGUGUUGUUUUUAUAUUUCUUGAUACAUCAUUAUUAUUUGUUAUGAUUGCUUUAUUUCAAUUUACAGAUCCACUUAAAAUAUUUAUUAUGAGGAAAGUCAAAAGAAACCCGACUAAAACUGUACCAGUGGCCACAUAA